GAAUGGAGCUAUCCACAUGGCAGUCAUGAUUCCUCAUCCAGGAAUGCGGUUGUGGCUUCAUUCUUUGUUCUCGGCAUCCACGGCAUCUGAGUUACAGUUUACCGCACUUCCCAUAUGAACUCUUUAAAAAUAAGCUCUUCUUUUCUUUAGCUUUUGUUUGGCUAUCUGCCAGCUUCAAACAUGUCUUCCGACCACUCUGUUCUGCUUCGAAACGCUACUCUCCUUGUUCCAAAGGGCCCUGGAUAUGAUCAUGUCAUUCCGCUCAAGAACCAUUCGUUGUUGAUCGAGGGUAAUAAAAUUGCUCGCAUCGCGCCUCGCAUUGAUCCUCCAUCUGAGUCAACUGAGAUCAUUGAUUGCACGGCAAAGAUAAUUUCACCAGGAUUUGUCGAUACUCACCAUCAUGUUUGGCAGACUCAGCUCAAAGGACGACAUGCCGAUCAUUCGCUGCUGGAGUACAUGGUACCAGGAAACAUGGCUUCGCACAGCUAUAAACCCGAAGACGUGUUCUGGGGUCAGCUUGGCGGAUGCCUCGAAGCCCUUGAGGCAGGAACGACUACAAUUGUAGAUCACGCCCAUAUCUCAUACUCUCCAGAGCACAACAAUGCGGCUCUUUCAGCAACCAUCUCAUCUGGUAUCAGGUCUAUCUACUGCUACUGUCCAAUUGGUAGGGUCAAGACCUGGAAGCCCCUUGCAAUGGAAGAAGAGUUGCUUCCAGCUUGGCUCUUCGAGCAGUUGAUCUCACUGUGUAAGGCAGGCCCAUACGCCAACGGCCGGGUGACGAUGGGCUUCGCGUUCGACUCCUUCUACCUUCCACAGGAUGUAGUUGUCAACAUCUUCAACCAAGUUCGCAGCUUGGGUAUCAAAACCAUCACUUCUCACUACGUCCCAAGUCUUCUUCCGGGCUCAACGCUAGAUUUACUUGAAAGUUAUGGGCUUCUCGAGAAGGACAUUCUUCUUUCACACGCGACUCCAUUGAACGACUCGGACGCACAAAAGCUUCUGAGAGUCGGAGCUGCAAUCUCUUCGACUCCAGACACUGAGCUGCAGAUGGGUCACGGCUGGCCUGUGUGCUUUCAGGAAAACGCCAAGUCUAUUAGCUCCCUCGGCAUCGACUGUCACAGCAACAACACAGGUAGCAUCGUCGCUCAGAUGAAGGUUGGCCUCCAAGCUGAGCGUGCUCGCCGCAAUGAUCGGAUUCUCGAAGCAGGAAAGAUCCCUGCCAGAGCUCAGGUCUCUGCCCAAGAUGCAUUCCAGCUUGGGACAAUUGGCGGCGCAAGGGCGAUCAAGAUGGGCGAUCAAAUUGGAUCUUUGGAAGAGGGAAAAAUUGCUGAUCUUGUAAUCUGGGAUACGUUGAGCCCUACGAUGAUUUGUGCCGCUGAGGAAAAUCCGAUCGGUGCUAUCAUUCUGCACUCGGCUCCUUCUGACAUCGAUGCUGUUAUUGUUGACGGCCAAUUCAGAAAGCGAGACGGACGGCUGAGAGAUACUAAACUGGAUUUGAAGCUGAUGCCUGAUAUGAAACACGAGAAGACUGAGGUGCAGUGGCGCGAUGUUGCAACUGAGCUUUUGAGGAGCCGCCAGAGCAUUUUGGAAACUGAGAAGGCUAGUGGAGCUGAUGAUCGAGAGGCAGGCUUGGAGAACACAGUAGGACUCUUGAGAAUUGACAAGGACAAGUUAAUUUAUUAGUACGUGGUAGUUAAAUAUUGCUAGCUAGCGAUAGAAGAGAAUAGCUUCGGCUAUCCCAGUGAUACUGAUCCUAGUG